ACCUUCAUCUUUUCUUCUCUGACUUUUGUAUAAUCUUUAAGCAAGAUAUUCUCUUUAUCACAUAAUUAUUCAACUUGUGCCUCUUGUUCUUAUUCUUCAAAAUCACCUUUUUCCCAUCCUCUUGUUUUGAAGCUUCUUUAAUUUCAAAAUUUGGCUUCACACACUCAACCUCCAAAAUUGUAUCUUCCUUUGAUAUGUGAAAGAUAUAACUCAAACUAUUAAUCCCCACAUAUGAAUUUAGAUGCUUAAACUCGUAACUUAUAUAAUGCAAAAUCUCAUAAUAAUCACAAUAGACAAAGAAAUCUUUUUCUUUUUCUUUUUUUUUCUUUUUUUCCUUUCUCAUUAUUUGUCAAGAACAAAUUUCACACUUAUCUCAACACACUAUCAUCUUGAAUGCAAUCCCACCAUUUGGCCAUAUCACUCUCUAACUUAUAUGAAACAAAUUUUACUUUUUCUUCUUCAAAUACCUCUGCUCAAUAAUCAAAAUAAUCUUCCAAAUCAAGAAUUCAGUCAACAAAUAACAUUUAUGCAUUAUUUUAUUUUAAAAAAUUGUUGUAUCUAAGAACGCAUCCACAAAUAGCCGCCUCAAGGUAGAUCUCCAGUACAAUUUUUCUUAUUACUUCCACAAUUCUUAUUGGUGUAAAUCCUUUUACCAACAAAAAUAAAUAAAUAAAUACCAUUUUAACUUUAAUCAUAGGAAGAGAAUGGUUAGUGCACGACUAGAUCAUGAAACAGUUUGAAUACUCAAGGUAGAGCUUUGGAUCUAUCACCAAAAAAGAAAAAAAAAAAAAAAAAAAAAAGAAGAAGAAGAAAGACAGAGACCAGGACUCUCUCCUUCUCUGUUUUUUCCUUAGACCUCUCAUAUUCCACGUUUGAGCUACAGAGGCGGCUAAGAGACAGAGAGAAAGACAUGGAAGAGAGUUUAUUAGCAAAAGGGAUCAAAGAAGAGAAAAGAAAACCAGAAACUCCAUCUCUAACAUGGGUUACUUUCACUGGGGAGCUCAAGAGGUUGGGAUUCUUGGCUGGUCCUAUGGUGGUCGUGACUCUAUCACAGUACAUGUUGCAGUUCAUUUCAUUAAUGAUGGUGGGUCAUCUGGGUGAACUUGCUCUCUCUAGCACUGCUAUAGCCAUCUCUCUUUCUGCAGUCACUGGCUUCAGUCUUCUUUUAGGAAUGGCCAGUGCGCUAGAAACUCUAUGUGGGCAAGCUUAUGGUGCUCAGCAAUAUCAAAAAAUUGGAAUUCAAACUUACACUGCUAUAUUUUCUCUAAACCUUGUCUGUCUUCCUCUGUCUUUGCUAUGGAUGAACAUGGGAAAGUUACUAAGUUUGAUAGGCCAAGACCCUCUAAUUUCACAUGAGGCUGGGAAAUUCACAAUGUGGCUUGUUCCUGCACUCUUUGCUUAUGCGACACUUCAACCACUCAUUAGAUACCUUCAGACACAAAGUCUAGUCAAGCCAAUGCUUAUAAGCUCUUUUGUAAUUCUAUGUUUUCACAUACCACUAUGUUGGGUUUUAGUAUUCAAGUCUGGACUGGGAAACCUUGGAGCAGCUUUAGCUAUGGGAAUUUCAUAUUGGUUAAAUGUGAUUUUGCUUGGAUUAUAUGCGAAGUACUCUUCUGCCUGCAAAAAAACCCUUGUUCCAAUUUCUAAGGAGCUGUUCCAAGGAAUUGGGGAGUUUUUCCGCUUUGCUAUCCCUUCUGCUAUAAUGGUUUGCCUCCAGUGGUGGUCUUUUGAGCUUCUUAUACUGUUGUCUGGUCUUUUACCUAAUCCGCAACUUGAAACUUCAGUUCUUUCUGUGUGUCUCAAUACGAUUGGAACACUCUAUUCAAUACCGUAUGGACUCAGUGCUGCAGCAAGUACUAGAAUUUCAAAUGAAUUAGGAGCAGGAAACCCACAAGCUGCUCGUGUGGCUGUCUUUGCUGUAUUGUUUCUUGCAAUCACAGAGACCAGUAUAAUAAGCACAAUCCUUCUUGCAAGCCGGAGUGUUUUUGGUUACACUUUUACCAACGAGAAGGAAGUUGUGGACUAUGUGACAACCAUGGCUCCCCUGGUUUCUCUGUCAAUUAUACUGGACAGCUUACAAGGGGUACUCUCAGGUGUUGCUAGAGGAUGUGGGUGGCAACAUAUAGGAGCUUAUGUCAACUUGGGGGCGUUCUAUCUUUGUGGGAUUCCAGUUGCUGCGGUUCUGGGUUUCAUGACAAAUUUAAGAGGAAGGGGCCUAUGGAUUGGAAUACAAACUGGUGCUUUUGUUCAGACAGUUAUGCUCUCAAUGAUAACAAGUUGCAUAAAUUGGGAAAAACAGGCAAGCAAUGCAAGGGAGAGGAUAUUUGAGGGGAAACUUCCACAAGAUAAUAAUGAGAAUGAGCAGAGAAUUUUGGUGAGCUAAAUAAUGUUAUUAUUACUGUUGUAACUUGUAAGGAAUAAGGAGGAACAUUGAUUAUAUGAGCUAGUCCCUAACCCGUGCGAUGCACGGAAAAACUAUUGAUUAUGAAAAAAAAUCCAGUAAUGAAUGAAGAAUUUAAGCUAUUACACUAUGAAUGAAGAGUUUAAGCUAUCACCU